AUGAAAAAGAGAAAUGCACCACAUUCCGGACCUCCUGAUAAAGGCUCUUUCCCUCUAGAUCAUUUUCAAGAAUGUGAAGAAGAAGCUGAAGCCUAUAGAAUCUGUUUAAAUAAAGAACUAGGGAUUCCAAAAAAAUGCAAAGAAGAAGCAAAAAGCUACCUAGUUUGCAGAAUGGACAAAGGCUUGAUGGCUCCACAUACGAUGCAAGAGCUUGGCUUUGUUGAAGAAAGCACGUGAGAAUAUGAACAAAAAGCAAGGGAAGAUCUAGUCAGAGAUAUAGAGAAUUUGACUAGAGCUUCCAAAGAAAGGGUAAGAAAAGAGUUUGCUAAAGAGCAUUCUAAAACAAAUAAUUAG